AUGCCAGGCAAUCGUUUCUUUUGGGCAUGCAGUUGUAUCCUACUUGGAUUGAUUGUUCAAUGUUUCGCCCAUAGCCAUGGCGACUCGACUGUCAAGCGACAAGUCAGCGGCAAUGUUUGGAUGGAGGCAUUGCUAUCGACGGCGUUGAUUAGUGCUGCUCCGUUUCUGAUUCUUUUUCUCAUUCCUAUUAGUGGUAAAUCGAGUGAACAAGCACCACUGUUGAAGGUCUUGCUCAGUUUUGCUUCAGGAGGUUUACUAGGAGAUGCAUUUCUACACUUGAUACCUCACGCUGUUUCGCCCCAUCAUUCCCAUGAUAGCGACGCCGGCCAUGACCAUCAUCAUCAUCACGGUCACGAUCAUGCCGGACAUGGUGGCCACGAUCAUGGACAUGGUGGCCAUGAUCAUGUCCAUGCUAUGCCAUUAUCGGUCGGAUUAUGGGUUUUAGCAGGGGUUUUAACCUUUUUUAUCGUUGAAAAAUUUGUACGCAAUAUUAAAGGUGGACAUCAUCAUCAUCAUCAAAAUGGAGCUCAUGGUGGUCAUGAUCAAAAUUCAGCCAGUAACACUUCUCAAAGUACCCAAAAGGAAAAUAGCACGUUAAGAAAACGAAAAACCAAUAAAGAUGAUGCAAAGGAUGCAAGCAAAUCAAAAUCAGUAUCUGGUUUCCUCAAUUUGGCCGCAGAUUUCACUCAUAACUUUACCGAUGGCUUAGCUAUUGGUGCAUCCUACUUAGCUGGCCAAAAGAUUGGCAUCAUUACAACCAUAACUAUUUUAUUUCAUGAAGUGCCACAUGAAAUUGGCGAUUUUGCUAUUUUAGUUCAAUCUGGUUGUUCCAAAAGGAAGGCAAUGUUUUUACAACUAUCGACAGCAACUGGUGCUAUGGCUGGUACUGUGGUAGGCUUAUUGGCCGAUGUCGUUGGAAAUGCUGCAACCACUUGGAUAUUACCCUUUACCGCUGGUGGCUUUAUCUACAUUGCAACUGUAACAGUCAUUCCAGAAUUAUUAGAUGAUUGUAAACCAUGGCAAACUUUUAAAGAAGUGAUAGCGCUAUUGAUUGGUAUUGCUUUCAUGAUCGUCAUUGCCCUAUACGAGUAA